GGGAUUUUCAUGGGGGAAAGCGGCGUGACCUGGGACGCCUAGGCUCUCCUAUUGAACGCGUUUGCUGGUAUCCCGUGCUCAUAGGUCACAGUACCAUAUCUAGUUCGGAUGGCUUAUCUCAAUGUGAGUCCUCUAGUCUUCGGGAAGCCGUACUGGAGGUAUUUAUCUUCCUACAUUCACAACUGCCCAAAGCACUUUCCUCUCCCGUACCAUCUAGUGAGAAAUGCCCAGUUUAACCCUGCUAGAGUGCAGACACUGCGUCCUGCCUCCAGAAACUAAGGAGGACUUGGAAUUUGCAGACCUAGCUAUCAUUGACCUUUCCAAGGCCCAUACGCCAGAAGGAUGAACAGAGCUCUACCCGCAACUUCGAGAUGCACUGCGCACCCAUGGCUUUAUCUACGCUAUCAAUCACUAUCUCGUGUCUACUUCCAGAACAUACUCUGCUUAUUGUGUCUCUCUCCUGAUGGACAGGCUAAACUAGGUGGGCGUGUCGCCUUGGGAGAUACUGAUAAUCACAUUUGUUAUUCACUUCAGCUACAAUCCCCAACCAUUCGCGUAGCACGCAUUACCCCCGCUUCUCGUGUCCCCCACACAGAUGACCUAACACACUGGAAACACCCUCUCCAUCUCCUCACAAGCAAACGAACUAUCAAAAAACUCGCAGUCAACAAAUCCUCGACCGGUGAUACCCUCCCUACUGCCCUCACCACCGGAUCCGAUGCUGCUUAUAUCGUUUGCGUCGGCGCUGAUACCACCGACAUCACUAACCCUGGCCAUACUCCUACCGUGGAAUCCACACAUAUUCUUAUACUUUCUCCCUGUUUCCCUCAAGACAAGGAACUCCCUCUCCCCCAUUCACUGUGCCCUUCAACCUACCCAUGCAAUCACGCACACGAACUGACAACCGUCUCGAGCUGUCAGAGGACCGGGCAGCGAUAGCAAGUCAUGCAGUUGGGGAGCAUCAGCAUUCUAGGGAGUUGUGGAUGAGCGGUGGGGAGUGUGCCGAGAGACAGAAUGGAAGAUGUGAACCAACCAGGGAAUGGAGGCGAGACAGUACGUGUCUGGCGUGAACGAUGGAGUGACGUGUUGGACGUGCUUUGGACGUUGGCAGUUGUUAAUCCG